AUGCGCGAGAAGCUACCUCCGAGCUUGCAAGCCUCUCCUGAAGAAUCGAAGGAAGAGUCUGCUGUUCAGAGCAGCAAGGUCAAGACAAAAUCCGAAAAACUUUGGGACAUCCAACUCCGAAAGAUCCGCUCGUCUGCCACGCGUCUCGGACCCGGAGGAGAAGUACCUCAAGACGAGAAAAGGUACUUUGAGUGGGCAGUGGACGUCGAAGGGAAGGGUGUUGAGAGUUGGGAGAAGGGAGGGAAAUGGAUGGGAAAAGCUUCGAGAGGAUGGGUACACCGAGAUACGCCGUUGGGUAAGGUCAUGGACCUCGUGAUCACUCAAAGUAGAACGCCCCGUCCUUUUUCCGCCGCCGAAGGACUGGCCCUUGCUCAAUUGUAUACGCCCCCAGGCGGCAAACCCACUGUCACACCGUUGACCUUAUCACAUCCAGCAUCUGGCCUAGUGGAAGGCUCCUUGAUAGUCCUCGUCUCGGGCUCCUCCAACAUCUGA